AUGACACGUAUCAAAUUAAGAGGCACUGAUUCAACAACAUCAACCGGUAACUUGGAAACAAGCUUCAUCAACAGUACAGCUGCACUAGUUCAGGAAACCUUUACAAAGGGAUCAACAACGAGUAUUUCGACAGCAAGUGUUUCAAUAACAACAACAACAACAACAACAACCACAACAAGCAAGUAUUUUUCUUUUGCUUGACAUUGGUAGUACAUUCUUCAACUAGGAAACUUUCUUCACAAAUAUAUCAUUCGUAGCUUUUAUAUCAUUUUCGAUUUUUAUAUCUGUGAAAAAUGUCAGCAAUGUUCGAUCUUGUCUUCAACCAUUCUUUUCAAUAGAACGAAUAAACAAUUGUUUUCCAUCAUAUUACGUGGCUUCCAUGAAACAAAAAUAAAUAUAGCAUGUUUCGAAUAUAUUCGACAAUUGUUGUUGUUUAGAAACAAUAAUAUUUUUUCACAUAGUUCAACAUGACUGACACACGACUGCUUGUUUUAGGUUACAUUAUAAAACACUCUAUGGAUCAUUCUUAAUCAUUAAUAAUAAGUGUUCUUGUUUUUCUUUAGCUUACACUCAAGUGAAUCUAACGAACACAACAGUAGCAACUAAGCAAAUAUAUUAUUGUGGAGGGACAUCAUCCUUUACACUCUGGAAACUUUAUUCGACUAACGGAUUAUAUAUGGACAUUAAUACAACUACAUGUAGCUUUAAUUCAACUCCACUCUAUUUUACUAGUAUGAAUGGAGAAAACGAGCACUGGUUAUUAGGAGGUUACACUGCUAUAUAUGUACCUACAAGGCUCUCAUUUAGAGUUUAUACUCGUUCUGUGAAU